AGAUUGUUGAUAUUUACUCCAAACCAAAUACGAUUUUUUUCGGUACAGCGGAUUUUAACAGUGUAAAGACUGGCGUCAAAUAAAAAUAUUUUAAUGAAGGGCAGACAUCAGUUCCGCAGGCGGUUCAGCUUGCAGCCUUCAUUUCUAAAAGAAGAAUCAGAUGAUGACAGACGGACUCAUCCACGGUCUCAGAGGAGCGAGGACGCCGAGUCGACGGAAAAAACCGACAGCGUCGGCCCGGUGAGCAGCGUGCGGCACAAGGUGGUGGUGAUGGGCGCCGCCAAAGUGGGCAAAUCCUCCAUCAUCACCCAAUUCUUGUACGGCACCUUCUCGCCCAAAUACAAGAGGACCGUCGAGGAGAUGCACCACGGGGACUUCAACGUCGCCGGGGUGCAUCUGAUUUUGGAAAUUUUGGACACUUCAGGGGCGUACGAGUUUCCAGCAAUGCGAGCCCUCUCGAUUUCAUCAGCUGACGCUUUCAUCCUCGUGUACGAUGUAACCGAUGCCAAUACCUUCGAAGAAGUUCGUAUGAUCAGAGACCAGAUCCACGAGACCAAGUGCUCGACCAACGUGCCCAUCGUCCUAGUAGGAAAUAAAAUAGACUUGACUGGGACUAGGGAGGUUGAUACAGCCACAACGGAAUCCGUCGUAACUGUGGACUGGGAGAAUGGUUUCGUGGAGGCGUCCGCAAAAGAAAACACAAACGUCAGCAAAGUUUUUAAAGAACUCUUAGCACAAGCAAAGGUAAAAUACAACUUGUCGCCGGCCCUGCGCCGCCGACGUCGGCAAUCGCUGCCCUCGCAUUCGGGGCCGCCGCCGUCUACACCGUCGCACGCUAUGAUCCCCAAUCAGGUUCAACUCCAGCACCUGCAGCAGAUCAGAGACCGACAAGGAAAAAGAAACUCCUGCAUUAUCUCCUAAACACGCGCAUUCAAUUGUAAACAACACACUUUUUGUAUUGUAAGAGACACGCCAUAAAAAAAUAUUAGUUUUACGAAAAGACGACAUUUUCACAUUUCCGUCAAUUUCCAAAAUUACACUGUUCACAGGACAAGAUAAAAACGUUUCAUACUUAUUUUUGUAAAUACUCUUUUAAAUUUUCACACACGCUACUUGGAGAAGCCUUAUAUUGUCAUCGAGUCCAAAAUUGGCCACCCAGGCAGGAGUAGGUAGGCAACCGUUAAUACAGCGCAAUAUCAGACAAAUUUAUUCGAAAGUAGGUAGGCAACCGUGAUUACAAACGAUAAUGCUCUUCAGGCCGCCAAUUUUGGGAGACCCUGUAUACUUUAGCGUGCGAAAUUUCUUGUACAUUUAAUGGGCCAAAAAAUUAUUAUAAAAGUAUAAAAAUACCUUACGUGUCUCCAAUAAAAAGAUAUACUUAGGUAGGUACUUUGUCUUGUGUAAUAAUAAAAUAAAAAACCGAACUAAAUUUUUUAUUUUAUAAUUACCUACAGAUUUGAAAAAAAUAUGCGUGUGUUGCUUGUAUUGUCUACAACCGCAGACUAUCUUAAGUAAGGUCCAACAACAUUUCUGAAAUUAUUUUAACUUAUAUAUACCUAUACUUGCUAAUAAGCUGAAAAUAAUAAUUUUAUAAUACCUAAAUGUUUAUCAUUUUCUCAUAAUCAAAUCAAAAUCAUUUAAUAUAAUAUAACAAAGCAUAUCUUACCAUUUCUUGAUUUUUUAUCAAACUUUGAACACCAAGGGCCAGCAUUGAUAGGACUGCGCAAAGCUAAUUCUUCCAAAUAUACUUAUUAUGUAUAGCGUUCUUAACGUGGUUGUAAAUAAUUAUAAAUUACGGGGUCGAUCCGCCCCAGCAUCAAAAUAACAUGUAACACCGAUCGGUGGUGGUACGACCCUUAUAUUUUAUUUAGGUAAUCUUCAGUAUUGAAUCGGAUCACGUGACUGACUGCCGAUCAAGUCUUUUAAAUAAUUGUAAUAAUAAUUAACUUUCAUCUAUUAUAGAUUGGUAUUAUAUUCUUAUAGCAAAUCUUUUUUACGACUUAUUGGGAUGUUAAGGGCAAAUAUAUUUGUGUCAAUUUUUGUUAUUUUUUUCAUUAAUUAAUAAUAAAAUCCGAAUUUGAAGGAACCAAUUUCAUACAAUUUUACUUUUACCUACCUACAUAAAGUUUGUUUUUUUUA